UUGGUGGGGUGGUCUUUACGAAUGAUCAGGAGGGGUGUGGUUUUCUCUGCACAGAAAGACAGAAGAGAGGUCUCAUAUUUUAGGAGGAAGAACUAGAAGGAUUUGUCUGCCAACUCAACCUUCACAAUGUCAAGACAGAGAGCCGUGCAUAUCUCAUUGCUGUGGCUCUACCUCAUGCUGCCCGCUCUGCUCUGUAAAAACCUGCACUGCUACUUCAGCCCGUACCUGACCGCGGAGGAACAGGGGACGUUCAAGCUCGUGGUGACCGAGUGCCCCCCAAAAGAGGUGUGCUACAAGGCUCAAGGUCGCUACGGGACCCACAACGGACUCGUACACAGGGGAUGUAUGCUUCUGGAAAAGUGUGGACAAGUGAAAAAGAUCAGCCUGAGGGGAGCCAUAUACAACACAAGCUACUCAUGCUGCGAUUGGUCCCACUGUAACUCUGGAACAGGCAUCACAACCAACUUCGUCACACUGUUCAUUAUCAUAGGUGGUCGGUCACUAACACUGAUAGGACUGUAAAAAUCUGGACUUUUAAAAAAAAUAUAUUAAACAGCACCGGUUUGCACUGGUGCUGAUUUGACAGCCUCAGCACUGACUAAUGCUGAAGCACUGAUUGCAACUGAAACCAAAAGAAAAUAUUUUAUCAUUUGUAUUGUAAAUUGAAUGUCUUUUAAGAAUUUUAUAGGAAAUAAUAAAAACAUGUACCAUUUUA